AUGAAGGCCAGCGGCGGGCUGGACGAGAAGGAGGGAGUGACGUGGUAUCGGCCCAUCCCGCCCCCGGGCUACGCCGUAGCGGGCGACGUGGUGCGGCCCUACCUCGCCGCCAGCCCUCGCUUCUACCUCGAGGCCCCCGUCUUCGCCAUCGGCCCCUUCCCGCCCGAGGCCGCCCAACGGCCAGGCGCAGUGAUGGCGGACAGGAAGAGGAGCGCCGCUGGGUUGCGGGCGAAGAGGGAAGUGCUCCCUCGGCAGCCCGUUAACUACUUGGCAAAGCCGGUGGACUUUGAGGUGGUGUGGCGGCACGAGGGCGGAGUGCGGGGCAUGCUGCCGUGUACCGUUUGGCGACCCGUCCCGCCGCCUUCGUUCGUGGCCGUGGGCUGCAUCAUCACCCUUACCCACAACAAACCAUCACCCGACUGUGUGGUCUGCCUCCAUGAAAGCCUGGUGGUGCCUGCCGAGGUGGACGCCCUGCUAUGGACAGCCUCCGCAAGCCCUGCGUCUGCCGCUGCGACCAACAAGAAGGGCAGAACGUUGACCAGAGCAAAGAGCGAGCGCGACGUGACCGCUCACACAACAGCCACGUUCCUAUUCGGCGAUGCCGAAGAGGUCUAUGACGGCCUCGCGCCGCCGGCCCUGACGGGCGCUGCCUACUGCCUACGGCGGAGCGUGAACCAUUCCCUCGACCUCGACCACAACUUCGACCUCCCUGCCGGCGUCGCCUGUUUCGUCCCUGCCCGCUUCCCCUUCGUCCUCCUCCUCCAUGCCGCCAUCGCUCUCCUCGUCUCCUUCGUCGUCUUCUUCGCCAGCAUUGUCGACGAAUGCGCAGAGGCCACUGCCAUAUCAGGCCUCGACGGCGGAGAUGUCUCCUCGCCGUCUGCGCAGCGCCUCGAAUCCCCCGCGCAGCCCAUCACAUUCCAGCCUGGCCUCGGCAUCCUCCGCAUUUGCUGCCUCGUCGACGGCUGCGUCGCUGCGGAGUCAUCGGUCGGCGUCGCACGCAACAUCGCCGCCGCGGUCGAGCAAGCGCGUCACCCACAUGCUCGAUCGACCCUCCAUCGCCGGCUACUCCAUCACCUUUGCGCCGCCCUCGCCCUCCCUCCCUUCGGUGAAGCCCACUUCACGAUCGUCGCCACCCUCUUCAUCGUCGACACCAGCCAGGCCAAGCUAUCGCAUCUCGUCGCUCGUGCCUCCGUCACCAUCUCCGUCAUCAUCUUCGUCGCUGCCAUCGCCGUCCGUGUCUAUGUCUUCGUCUUCUCUACUCCCCGCGUGGCAUCUUCCGCGCCUGUCCAUCCAAGCAACACUACUUCCAUCUUCUUCUACAUCAUCGCUGCACUCGCUCUACCCGCACACGACGACCGACGGUACACCAUCGGCGCGGCGGGGGACGAGUACGAGUGCCCGCGGUGCCACGGCCACAAGGGCCAGGGUCCGUUCGGCCCAUGUCCGCUGGGCUCGAUCCACUUCACCCACAUGUGUGAGCUGUGCGAGGGACGAGGCAGCGUGGCCGGUCCGUCGGAACUGUGCCGAUUGUGCGAGGGCGAAGGAGGCUUCGGCGAGUUCGGCAAGUGUCGGCCGGAGUCGCUUCACUUCAGGGCGUGCGUCAAGUGCCACGGCCGCGGCUUCCUCUCGGCCCGAGGCCACUCCAGCUAG